CCGCCUCAGCCGCUGCCGCUCCCCAGUCCCCACCACACUACUAAGAAGCGGAUCAGUACUUCUCUCCGCGACGACCUCCCGGACGACGUCGUAUCCUCCAAGAAGGAUCCCCAAGACGACGAUGACCAGCAAGACCCGGAUUCCUCCACAUCCACCGAUCAGAGCGCCAGCCUGGCGCCAUCUCGGCCGUCCAAGACCAUGGUGAUCGGAACCAUAUUCGGCAACCACCGCGGCCACGUGUGGCUCUGUUUCCAGCACGACCGCCUGGCCACGAAGCCGCUGUUGCUCCUCGAGCUCUCCGUCCCGACGCACCAGCUCGUCAAGGAGAUGAAAUUCGGGCUCGUCCGGAUCGCCCUAGACUGCAGCCGACCCGAGUUACGCUCCUGCCCGCUCCGCUCCGUGCCAGUGUGGACGAUGAAUUGCAACGGUAAAAAGCUAGGGUUCGCAGCGAUUGCCGCACCGUCGAACCCUACCCACUCGUCUGUGGGCCCUAUCGCGUCCCUUCCCUCCUCGACCUCCUCGGCGCCGCCAGCUCCGACUGAGUCGUCAGCUAGUUGUACGCCGUCUUGCCCCGAGGACUUGCUCGACUGGACUCGCUCGAGGGUAAGACGCGCGGCCACUACGAGCGGUUGCCGAUCAUAG